GGAUGUUCCACAACAACCGGAGGUUCUACAACAACCGGAGGUUCCACAACAAUCGUAUGUCCCACUACAACCGGAGGUUCCUCAACAACUGGUGGUUCCACUACAACCGGAGAUUCUCAUACAACCGGAGGUUCCGCUACAAUCGUACAUUCCACUACAACCGGAGGUUCCACAACAACUGGAGGUUCCACUUCAACCAAGGGUUCCACAACCAAAGGUUCCAUCACUACUGGGGGGUCCACAACAACCGGGGGGUCCACAACAACCGGGGGGUCCACAACCAGGGUUUCACCUUCAACCGGGGGGUCCACAACCGGAGGCUCCACAACAACUGGAGGUUCCAUUUCAACCGGGGGGUCCACAACCAGAGGUUCCACUACAACUGGGGGGUCCACAACAACUGGAGGUUCAACUUCAACCAGGGGGUCAACAACCGGAGUUUCCACAACAACUGGAGGUUCCACUUCAUCCGGAGGUUCCACUUCAACCGGAGGUUCAACAACAACUGGGGGGUCCACAACAACUGGAGGUUCCACUUCAACCGGGGGGUCCACAACCGGAGGUUCCACUACAACCGGAGGUUCUACAACAACUGGAGGUUCCACAACAACUGCAGUUCCAACGACGACGUAUGUCAAGGCGUUCUUUCAAGUCAAGAUGAUCUCCUGUGGGGAAGUCAGCAAUGGAACCAUAGCUACACUCCUUGAUCAGGUGCUCAGCAGUCGGUUCCCUCCCGGAACGUUUCACAUGCUGACGGUGAAAAUCAACCAAAGACUGGCCGUCUAGUUAUGGAAAUUCGACUCAUUGCUUUUAUUAGUGUUGAAAAGAAACACAACUGGACAUCAAAGAAAACAUCAUUGUAAAAUGAUAUAUGAAAAUGUAUCAUACAAGAGAAAGCAAUGAUUUAAAAAUAUUUGAUUAAAAAAAAGUAAAUACAAUGUAUAUGAUAAAUGUUAAAUAAUGUAAAAUGUUAAAUAAUAUUUAACUCUACACUGGAAGAGGUUGGUCUGUUUUUUUUUUAAACUAUUUUGCAUCUAAAAAUAUCAAUGUUAUCAUGUGCCUUGCAUAAAAUAGUAUUAUGAUAGCUUUUGUUGAGUUCUUUCUGGAGGAUUGGUCCUCUAUGGUCCUCGCAUUGGAUCUGGCGGUUGGUUGGCUGACGAAUGCCGUUAGGAGUGUUGGAAGAUGGGUGAGUAACGUUUGCUUUUU